AUGUCCAGCCGCCCCUCCUCUCCUCACACAGAGCGGCGCAGCUCCAACCUUGAAGAUCGACCGGCAGGGAGGACGGCGGCAGACGGCCGCGCGACGCGACCACAUCCAGGCGGCGGGCAGGAACCACCGGCAAGCUGGAGCAUCUACCGUCGACCAGCUAGCCACCAAGCCCCAGCGGCAUCCAUCUGCCGCAAGUCUCUUCAGUUUCUUCAGAUGGAUGAUCAAGGCAGGAUGAUAGACUUUGGUAUUCAAGGCCAUGAGUUCAGUCAAAGGACUACAAUACCUUGUCCAAAUAUUGGUCACCAUCAGGACAAUGGACUUGAUGACCUGGAGUUUACUCAAGGAGCUACAGGACACCAAACAAAUAUUGGUCAGGACAAUGGACUUGAUGACUUGGAGUUCAGUCAAAGGAUCAUAGGACGCCGUCCUAAUUUUGGUACGCUGCAGCGUUGUGAUGACCUCGACUUUGACCAAAGGAGUGCAAGGCAGCAUGAGGAUAGUGUUUCAAAGUCCAAAAAGAGUCUUCCUAGAGCCAAGUGGAGUCACCAAAUGAAGCUAUAUCUUAUUCAACAGCUGAAAGAUUUUAAUGUCCCAGGUUAUAGAACUCAGAAUGCAUGGAGUAAAGAGGCAUGGAAUAAGAUUGUGGAUAACAUAAACAAAAAGUUUGGCUUGUCACUAGAUGUUAAAAAAGUGAAACAAAAGGAACAGGAUCUGAAGAAAGACUUCCGCACUGUGAAAGAGUUGGCAGCUGAGAGUGGCUUUGGUUGGGACCGUAUCGGAAUGAAAGUUGUUGCCCCAGAUGCCGUUUGGGAAUCAUUUGCGGAGCGUCGUAACACGGAUGCACUCAUAUGGAGAGACAAACACUUUCCAUAUUAUGAUGAUUUAUUUGCAUUGUAUGAAGGACGGUAUGCUGAAGGAAGGAAUAGGCGUGGCAUGGACUAUUAUGCAGAUAGGGAUAAAGAACCAUCACAAACCAAAUUUGCAGAAUCACAAGGGACCAAUGAUUAUGAUGGAUCACCCUCACCUAAUAUAAAUGUUGCUGAUUUUCCCAUUGAAGAAGAAGGUGAGAAAGACACUUCUGAUUUUCCCCAGCAGCAAUGCCCAUCAAGGCGCUCCACACAAAUGAAUUCUCAGUUUGUGAAAACACCGGAAAUGUGUGGAGCAAGACCCACAAAGAGGCAGAAAAAUAGUGAUUUUCAAGAGAAGUACUUGAAGCUCAAGAAAGAAGAAAUUGAACGGUUUGCAGCUAUUGAGGAGAAGAAGCUUGAGGAUCCCUAUAGCAUCAGUAGGUGUGUCACAACACUUGAACGUCACUAG